AUGGUGGACGCCAUCGCCGUACUAAACCCGAUUCAUCUAGAAAUGUCACUGGAUCCACAGGAUUCGAUUCGAGCCUCCGCCAGAAGUACAACAUCAUCAUCUGCUUCCACGUCGUCAGAUUCUGAGCUCAUGAGUCCGAGAGCAGAGGAAUUGCUCCGAAUGCAGGCGGAGCUCCGUGCAACACGAACAGCACUGGCUGAAAAGGACAAAAAAAUGACGCAGAUUCAGACGACGGUAGAUGAAGAGGUUCAGGAAUUGACAGAGAAGUUGUUUCAGGAAGCCUACAAAAUGGUCAACAACGCUGAAGAACGGCGGGAAAAAGCCGAGAAACUUCUAAACGAGUCUCGAUUAGAAGUGGAGGUUCUACAGGCAGAAGUUCGUGCGCUGAAGGAAUUAAUAAGUGCUCCCGGAAUGGGACAAAACCAUUUCAAGCAAACCACAUCGCCAGAACACAAAUCGACACUUUCCAAACUUUUUAAUGGAUCUUCAAAUUCGAAAAAACAGAAAGAAGUUUCGGAGAAAAAGAAGGCGUCGUCACUUCCAUCAACGUCUUCAUAUUCGACAAAAUCUCCAGAAGAUCGAGAACAAAAAGAAGCGGACGCUGUCGAGGAAAUUGAUCCGAUUCUAUUCUCGGAAUUCGAAUCUUGGAGAGCAAGUGGACAUCCGGACAAAUCCCAUCCGUUCAUUGAUCGUGUUCUGAUCGAAGAAGUCGAACCUUGUAUGCUUUUCGAGAAUUCCGAACUGUCUUCUGAAGUGAUGACGGCGAUACGAGAGAAUCGAGUUCAGCUGGAACCAUUGAAUGAGACAAAACCGUCGAUUCGAAUAUGUUCGCUAACGAAUGCCAAUCGAUUUUGUCCGUAUCGAGUUAGAACUGGCGAUGAUGGAUCUGAAUGGCAUUUUGUGUCAUUGAUAGCCAGGAAUAGGAUUGCCGCCGUUUGUGACUUCUUCACAUGUAUUCGAUAUUUGUCGCAAGGACUCAUCAAGCCGGGUCCGCGCGAUUCCUAUUUCCACGUCGUGAAUCUUCGAAAAAACAUGUCACUUGCCAAAUUGGGUCUCGGCUUCGUGCCCCGUUCCAACAUUCGCCAUAAUUGA